AUGAGAUGCAAAUUUCUAACUAGCUUCCUUCUGUUUUUCAGCAUUUCCAGCGAAGGGGCAGUCUCUGGAGACAGGAAUAUCAUCUGGGGCACCUUGGGUCAUGAUUUCAACUUGACCAUCCCUAACUUUCACGUGACUGAUACCGACGACGUGCGAUGGGAAAAGGGGAAAAUCCUGGUCGCGCAGUCCAAAGGGAAGACAGGGAAACAUUUUCAGCAAACGGAAGCAUUCAAGAUCAUAAAAAAUGGAGCCCUGCAAAUAAAAACACUGAGGAGAGAAGACAACGGCGUCUAUGAUGUCAUGGUGUAUGGUGCAGACGGGAGCAGUAAGCUGCAAAAAGCGUUUGACUUGAGGGUCCUGGAGAGGGUCUCAAAGCCAGAGAUCUCCUGGGAAUGUAGCAACACGACGCUGACCUGUAAGGUCAAGGAAGGAACACACCUUGAACUAAAUCUGUAUCGAGGAAAGAAAUUUCUCACCAGCAUCUCUCAGAAGAUCCUAAGCCACAAAUGGACCAGCCUGAAUGCACCAUUCAAGUGCAAUGCAAAAAACAAGGUCAGCGAGGAAUCCGUCACGGUGGAGGUCAGCUGUUCAGAGAAAGGUCUGCAUUUCUAUGUCAUCGUGGGCGCCUGCGCAGGAAGCCUCCUCUUCGUGGUCCUUGGAGCGCUGCUUACUUUCUGUAUCUGCAAGAGGAGAAAGCAGAAUAGGAGGAGAAAAGAUGAGGAGCUGGAGAUAAACACCCCCAGAACAAGCACCAUGGAAAAGGGCCCGAAGCCAUACCUAACCCCAGCCGCAGCAGCUCAGAAUCCAGUGACUUCCCAGGCUCCUCCUCCACCUGGCCAUCAUCUGCAGACAGCUGGCCAUCGUCCCUUGCCUCCGACCCACCGUACCCGUGAGCACCAGCAGAGGAAGAGACCUCCUCCAUCAGGCACACAGAUUCACCAACAGAAAGGCCCUCCCUUGCCCAGACCUCGUGUUCAACCAAAACCUCCCAGUAGGGAUGGAGAAGACGCUCCGUUGCCACCCCCUAGUUAGAAAGGCAUGUUUCCCAUGAAAAGCUGUGUGUAUGUCUCUUCC